AUGGUGGAGAAUGUAUCCGACCAUCUGUACGCAAUAGUGGAUAUGGGAAGUAAUGGUAUACGAUUCUCAAUAACUGAUCUAGCCGCUCCGACGACUCGAUCACUACCAACAAUAUAUCAAUCGCGGCUUGGCAUAUCGCUGUACGAUGCCCAGUACUCCCGUGGGCAGCAGGUCCCAAUACCGCCAGAUGUUAUUGAUACCAUCAUCUCAGCACUAAAAGACUUUAAGCGAACCUCGCUCGACUUUGACGUUCCUCAAAAGGCCGACCAUGUACGAAUAUUAGCGACAGAAGCAACGCGCAAUGCUGUAAAUAGUCAGGACUUUAUUUCUGCUAUCGAAAAGGCACUUGGCGAGCCAUGGAGAGUCAAACUGCUGAAAAAGGAAGACGAGGGAAAGAUUGGAGCAUUAGGUGUUGUCAGCAGCGUUGGUGGAAGUGGUGGGUUAGAGGGCUUGGUCAUGGAUUUGGGAGGUGGCUCGACUCAACUCACAUGGGUCAUUGCUCGUCCAGGAGAACCACUACAGACUUCCCGUAUUGGCAGUACCUCAUUUCCUUACGGCGCCGCAGCAAUGACCCAGCUUCUUUCCGAGCUUCAUACCGACAAAGACCGCGCCAACUUACAUGCCAAAAUGGUCCAACAAUUCCGCGACACAUUUGAUGAACUCGAACUCUCACAGUCUUUGCUAAAUAAGGCAAAGCAACGUGGAUUGACACUCUAUCUGUCAGGUGGUGGCUUUCGGGGUUGGGGAUACCUCCUCAUGUCUUCUCAUCGCAUUAGACCCUAUCCUAUACCGAUUAUCAACGGUUUCAGUGUUUCGGUAAAGGACUUCAAGGAUACAGCUAACGUCUCGAACAUCGCUGUAGACAGUCUUCAAAGCGAGAUUGGUGUAUUUCGAGUGUCGAAGAGGCGAGCAGCCCAAGUGCCCGCUGUGAGCUACCUCGUCGAUGCUCUGAUCGAAGCCAUACCUGUGAUUCAUGAAGUGAGGUUUUGCCAAGGUGGUGUCAGAGAGGGCUGGCUAUUUGAUGGAUUACCUAACGAGGUUAGAGCGAUGGAUCCACUAGAAGCUGCGAGUGGGCGGUUCGCGACCGAUGCCGAGUCUGCGAGGAAACUAGCGACGCUGAUUGCGGCUUCUUUGCCAAAAGAUUGUGAUGUUCUUGAUCGAAGGGUGCCAGCUGCUAUCAGGGAGAAGCACUUACUGAGCAGUUUCGCCAAUCUGAUGUACUUACAACAAGGACAUAGCAAGGAAAGUGCAGCUGUGAAUGCACUGCACGUACCUAUCACAGGCGUCCUUGCUUCUACUCACGGUGUUGGACAUUGCGAAAGAGCAUUGUUGAGUCUCAUGCUCUGUCAGAGGUGGGGCGGAGCAGGAGAGCUACCAGCACCUCACGGUGAAUUGCGGAGUCGUGUUGAGCUCCUGCUCACGCAACAGGAAGUGUGGUGGGCGAGAUAUCUAGGUGUCAUUGGUUGGACUUUGGGUAGGGUAUAUCCUGCUGCUAAGAUCAAGGAAGAACGAGUCAAAAUUAGUACGAGGUGGGCCGAGGGAUUAGGGAAGAAAGGAAAUAUGCAGGGUGUCGUAAUGGACCUGAGCGUGAACAAGGACGCGCAAGGAGAGUUACUUUUAGGUAAGGACGUCUUGAGAGAGCUCGUGGAGGACAUUGAAGCAAUCGGUAAGAAGAAGAACCGUGUAGGUGGACGAGAUUAUGGUUUCGGAGUCCCUGUGAGAGUUCACUGUCACUGGUGA